ACGUUCACGGACUUCCAGUGGAUGCCCGUUCCCUCGACCGGAUGAUUGCCGAAACCGCAUUGCAACGUGCUUAUGGCACAAUUGCGGGACUACUUGCACACUGCAGUACCAACUCCGUUGAUGGACGCCGGAGCAGAGGUUGUCGACCUUCACGCUUUCAUCGCGAAGAUCGACCGCGAGUUCAAGACGCAAUGGUACGACGACAUCGACUCACCAUUGCUAUACAUACGCAUUCAGAUCGGAGAGGCGACCUGUAGUGCCUUGAUCGAUUGCGGAGCAUCUCGCAACUACAUCAGCCAGGACUUCAUGGUACGCGCCGGCCUUGGCCCACGUGUCCGGAGGAGGUCCCAACCUACGCAAGUCACUCUCGCAGACAGUCAUACGCACAAGUCCAUCGACCGAUGCAUUGACGCCGUCCCAGUGUACUUUGCCCCCCACGCAAGUGAGGCGGUGUCCUUCGACAUUCUGGACACCAAAUUCGACAUGAUCUUGGGCAUGUCAUGGCUGCGAAGCAAGGAUCACCCUGUGAACUUCUCCAACCGCACCGUUCACGUUCAUGACCGGAACGGAGUAUUAGUUCCAUGCACGGUGUCUUUUCCUCAUCCUUCGAUCAGCUGCCACGUGGUAUCCGCCGCAAGCAUGCGAGCUUCCAUCAUCAGAGACGACAUCGAGGAGAUGGGGGUGUGUUUUCUCCACGCCCUCCCGCCACAUGACGCUUCAUCGACGGACUCACCUUCGGAUCCACGCAUCACCGAACUUCUCGACGCCUACAGCGACGUGUUCGAAGGCCCGCAUGGAGUAGUACCGGAUCGACCCAUCCGCCACGAGAUCAUCCUCGAGGACGGGGCCGUACCUCCGCGCGGUUGCAUCUACCGAAUGAGCGAUUAAGAGUUAAGUGUGCUUCGGGCAUAACUCGACGACCUUCUAGGGAAAGGCUGGAUUCGG